UGGUAUGGAAAAUAUUGCACUCUUCAAUAAUCAUGAUAUUACACAAAAAACAUGAACAUUGUUUCAUACAAACUCCCAUAUAAUUUUUGUUGUGGUGGUGCAUGAUAAUAAUUAAUUAAUGGCAAGUGGUAAUGGUAGUAAUAGGAACCCACAAGCACAAAACACAUCGAGAAAGGUAAUGGUGGUGGCUGAUCCAACACGUGAAUCAGCUGGAGCACUUCAAUAUGCACUUUGUCAUGCUGUAAUGGAACAAGAUGAAAUGAUUCUAUUGCAUGUUGUUGAGAAUCAAACUUCAUGGCGCAAUACUCUUUCGACGUUCCUAAAAAUGCCUUCAUUGGGAACAUCAUCGACCGCGUCUAUUGACAUUGGAGGAGGAGGAGGAGGCAGUAGUGGAGGAGGAGGCGGAGCUGGAGCUGGAGGAUCUUCCGUGGAGGGGCAGGCCUCCGCAGUUGAUUUUCUUGAAGAAAUGAAGAAUGUGUGUAGGGUUUCUCAACCUAAAAUGAAGGUUCGCGUAAUGAAGGUGGAAACAGAUAAUGGAAAAGAUAGGGCUAAUACCAUUCUUUUACAUACUAUUAAUCAAGAGGUUGAUGUCAUAGUUAUAGGCCAGAAACGCACACUUUCGUCCACAUUACUAGGAUAUAAACGACCCGCGGGAGGAUCAUUGAAAGGGGCGAGAAUGUUAGACACGGCGGAGUAUUUGAUCCAUAACACACCGGGGACAUGCACCUGUGUUGCAGUUCAAAGAAAGGCACAAAAUGGGGGCUAUGUUCUCAAUACUAAAACUCAUAGAAACUUUUGGCUUUUAGCCUAACUCAGGUUUAAUUUCAUGCAUUCACAAUUGGGAUUGUAUAUGGCAUAAAGAAAUGAUGAGUUUCAUAAUUGAUAGAGAUUUAA